ACCAAUUUUAUGAUAUAAACGCGGGAAACGGUUGUACUCGGUUACGAAAAAUGGAUGACUUUGAGGAACAAUAUGCAGACGAAUUAGAGGCACUUGAAGACUUUGAUGUUCCUGACAGAGUGUCACCAAAUCCACGUAAAUCUCUUCAGUUUACAACACCUAAGAAUAAACAAUCAGUAGAUUCACCUGUUGGGAGCCCCAUGAUACCUCUGACUGGUUCCCUACUCAAGAAUGGAGACCACAGGAAGUUGAAUGGUUCCAGUCAGAAGAAGAGAGGAAGAGAAGAGCAGACACAGUCUGAUAGUGACCUUGAGUAUGAAGAUGAUGACCUUGAUGUGUUAGUUCCAGCUUCUAAGAAGAGCAGAGUAGAUGCUGAUCAACUGGAUGAAGAUGAGCUGUGGGGUGACGACCUUGCACCUACCCAAAAGGUCAAGGCAAAAGGUCUCCAUGACAGCAAGGUCAGAAAGGUCACAGAAGUGUUACAGGAUGUUGAGGCUCCUCCCUCUCCAGAUAGGAGAGCUAUAGAGAGAAUUCUGGAACACAGGAAUAAACAGACUGUCAGGGAACUGAGUAUUGAUAGUCAGCAAGGCAGGGUUGAAACUCGAGCUGAAGAUUAUGAUUUUGAACGUCCGCGGGUAUUCAAAAGAAUUCCAACCACUUCAUACCUGCCAACAACGGGAACGGAGGGUAACCGUGUAUACAUGGAGGUAAAGGAUGAUAUAGACUAUAAUAAACAGUUUGAGAGUUUUGGGAAGACGUUGAAGGGUACCAGUUUGCUUAAUGUGCCAAUAUCCGUUUUACGCGAACAACUUGAAGAAGAGAGAAGAAACAUGUUAAUAGCAGAGUCACAAAGAAUAAGUGAUGAAGUACGCAGGCAGUUGGAAGAGGACCAGGGUUUCAUGGAUGAUGAUGAAGAGGAGGAUAAGGAAAACCACGCCCCGUCCCUGGAUGAACCCCAGGGUCCACAGAAAAUGCUCUGGGUAGAGAAAUACACACCUAAUAGAUACACAGAUUUACUGAGUGAAGAGAACAUCAACCGUUCCUUGUUACACUGGCUGAAGAUGUGGGACUAUGUCGUGUUCGAUAAAGAAUUGCCCAUCAAACCAAAGGAAAAGAAAAAGGAAGAAAAUAAAAAAUUCAAGAAGAAAAAUCAACCUGAAGUCCUGGAGGAGUUAGAUAAACAUAGACGACCAUUGCAGAAGGUAGCAUUGCUGUGUGGUCCACCAGGGUUAGGAAAGACAACUCUUGCUCAUAUUAUAGCUAGACAUGCAGGUUAUAAUGUUGUGGAAAUGAAUGCUAGUGAUGAUAGAACUGCGGAUGUGUUCAAAAAUAAAAUAGAAUCAUCAACCCAGAUGAAAGCUGUUCUUGGAGCAGAUCCCCGCCCAAACUGCCUUGUUAUUGAUGAAAUUGAUGGUGCCCCUCAGGCUGCUAUAAAUGUAUUACUGAAUGUGAUAAAAAAAUCAGAUACUCCAGAAGAGGGGAAGAAAAAGAAGAAAGAGGAAGGAGGAAUAUUACGGAGACCCAUUAUCUGUAUCUGCAAUGAUCAAUAUGUACCAGCAUUGAGACAGCUACGACAGAAUUCUAUGAUCCUGAACUUCCCUCAGACUGAACCAACAAAGUUAGCAGGCAGAUUAUAUGAG